AUGUCCGGGUUUAAGGCCUUCCUCGAACGCCUCCACGUCCUCCCCAAGGUCAAGUCCCUCGUCUUUCAAGCCUCCCGCCCUGAGCAAGGGAGCGCGGGCACCAGCCUGGCCUACCUGGUGGGCGGGGUGCCAAGCUGGGUCAGGCACGUCACCUUCGAGCGGGUCUUGAACCGGGACUCUCUGGUCAUCCUCUCCCACAUAUUGGCGACCAAGAGCCUGCACGCGGCCUCUAUGGCCGCCAUGUCGUCGGCCGCCUCCUCCUCGGGGGGGGCGGGGAAAGGGGGCGGGAUUGUGAGCGGGACUCAGCAGCCUCCGGGCCUGGCCCUUCAGGGUCUGGCUAUUCGGCAUCACGCCCACCUCCGCCCUGAGGAUUUUUCUCCCCUCUUUGCCUUCUUGCGCAAAGAGGGAGGCGUGCCUGCCCCUCUCGAUGACGACAGUGCCCCGCUCGGCAGCGGGAGGAAAGGCAUGGGUCCGGAAGGUGGUGAGAGCGGACGGCCCAUUUCUCAAGACGAGCACAGGAAAACUGAGACGCCGGCAUCCCCCGUGCCUGUUCCCACCCUCUCCCGACAGCCAUCUCUCCUGGGGUACGUGGGCAUGCGCUACUUGGAUCUGACCGGCAACAAUCUAGGCGACGCGGGUGCGGCGGAAGCCAUCAAAGCCCUGACCUGCUAUUCGCCCACCCUCGACUCCCUUGGCCUGGCGAGCAAUAGCAUCAAGAACGCCAGCCUCUUCCUCGACGCCGUGGCGGCCUUUGUCCACCACCGAGGGAGCAUGAGCUGGCUCCGAACCCUCCUACUGGACGACAACGCUCUGACCGCCAAGGCCAUGCAGCGCCUCUUCACGUUGCUGGAGGAGGACACGAGCCUGGAGAAUCUCUCUCUGGCUGCGAACGCCAUAAACGACAGCAAGCCCCUGGUGGAGGGCCUCCGGCGAUUGCUGAGGCGGAAUCGCAAGUUGAUCGACCUGAACCUGUCCAAGACGCGCUUGGGCGUAGAAGGGGGCAGAGAGCUUCUCUUCGGACUGCUCGAGAACCAGACCUUGCGGUGCUUGCGCUUGCAGGGGGGAAACGAAGCGCUGAAGGCAGAAGAGAGGGAGCUGAUCGAACGGCAGCUGGCGGGGAACAGGAGGAGGUUUUACGCCCCUCUGACAAAGCUCUCACGACCAGUGCGCAUGACCGUGACAGGACCACCGCCGUCCUCGUCCUCUUGGUCGCAAGGAGCGGCGUCACAGACACGGGACUCACAGCAGGAGCAAUCAGGGCCCCAAGGCCGGAAUUGGGGCCAGCAAAAGGUUCCAGGCACUCCAGAAGGAAAUUUUCAACCCCAGGUAAAUGAGCGCGCUUCCAACAGCGCUGCGCGUCGCCAUUCCCCACCCUCCUCCCCCAUUGCGGUGCAGUCGACUGGUUACCACCAUCGGAGUAUUUCCGAGCCGGUGCGAGGCCGCCGACAUCGUGGACGUUCUGCCGACAAGGCGAGGGCAGGGGAGGAGGAGAACCAGGACAAGGAGGAAACCGAGGACGAGGUGGAAACUGACGAUGAUCGGUACGAAGGGGAGGAACCAAUGCCGACAAUGCUGGAAGUGGGCGGUCGGGCGGGCAGUUUAGGCACAGAAGGAAGGGGCGUGGGCCCUUUUCAAGGGAGCUGGGCGAUAGGCGACGGGGAAGGGAAAGUCAAAGAAGAAGAAGGCGACACGACGCCGGCCUCCCAGCGCGACGUGCUCUCAGUCUUGUUCUCGGCGCCCUUGGCCUGGCGAGACCUGGAGGGAAACCUGCACCCCAUCGAGCUGCUCUUCUUCGACCAGGAACGCGAGCAACUGGUGCAGUCCCUCAUGGAGAGCGGGAGCGACAUCUGCGCGCGUUUCGAUUUCUGCACCACGGAUACCCUGCGCUCGGCCGUGACGCUGGGGGCGCGUGCUCUCCACUACUCCGGCCACGGCCAUCGGAAUCUCCUCACCUUCGAGGACGGCGCCGGCGGCCUCCAGCUCGUCCCCGUGGACAUGCUUCGCUCGCUCUGCGCUGCCGGCUCCCACAAGCUCGACCUGGUCGUGGUUUCCUCCUGCUACUCCAAGCUCGCGGGGCAGGCCUUCGUGGACGCGGAGGUCCCACACGUCGUCUGCAUCAACUUGGAGGCAACCAUCACCGACUCGGCCGCCCUCGCCUUCACCAAAGCCUUCUACCUCUCCCUCUUCGUCGGCAACACGGUGCAACACAGCUUCGCCAUCGGCCAGCAGGCCGUGGCAGCGAGUCCCAACGUGCCCUCCCCCGAGCGCGAGGUGAGCAAAUUCGAGCUUCUUCCCGAGGGCUGCGACCACAACGUGGCAAUCUUCACCGCGCCGCAGCCCACGCUGACCUCGUGGGGCAGCGGGCGAUCGAUGGGUGCGGAGGCCCCCUGGUUGCUGCAGCAGGAGCAGCAGGCUCACUUGCCUACGCCCCCCGAGGACUUCUUGGGCCGGGAAGUAAGCAUGUACCGGGUCGUGAACGCGUGUCUGUACCGGCGCCUGGUCACUUUGCUCGGGCUGGGUGGGAUAGGCAAGAGCGCCUUGGCGGCUGCGUGCUGUCAUUACAUGGCCCUGCGGCGCUUUCACACGGACGGGAUUGUCUUUGUCCGGCUGCAGGGGAAGAGUAGCUUGGAGGAGUUGAUCCAAUCGAUCAUCCAGGGCGUUCUGAGACAGCUUCCUGCGCGUGGCGGUGGGGCUGGAGGCUUGGGCUCAGGUCACGGGGCCCCAGGCCACGCCUUGGCGAGCACUCUCUCCCCUACAGCCCCGCCCUUUGCCUCCAGCCUCGCCUCCAUCGGCGGCCUGGUCGACGACGGGAUCCUGGAGAGGGAUGAGGAAUGGUUGUUUGCGCGCCUGCGCACGGCGAAGGUGCUGAUUGUCCUCGAUCAUCUCCAAGAGCUGCAGGCGGGCCACGACGGGAUCAAUGUGAAGAUCUUCCUCUCGCAGCUCUUCGAGCAGACGCGGGCAACCAAGGUCUUGAUCACGACCACGCGGCCUCUGGAUCUGCACACACUACCGGGCUCAGGAAAUGGCGUAAUGGGCGAGACCCUGGUCAGCGUGGGGCCCUUGACCUUCAAGAACACUGUCAGGCUCUUCUCCAGGCUGUGCCCGCAUUUGCACACUGCGCGGGAUCGACGGCUACUUCUCGAGUCCUUGGUUUGGCCAGAAGACCAGCAAGAUGUAACGAUAGCCUCCAGGGAUAUAACCCCACAGCAGGAUGUGUUGGACAUAUUGAGGCAGGGCCAGGAAAGUCGCCGCAGAGAGGACGAGGGAAUUUAG